CACUUUGAUGUUGCAUUUCAGAUACAUGCUAUGUGCUAUCCUUUGCAAUCAUUAUGUUAAACACUAGUCUACACAACCACAAUGUCAGAGACAAACCAACGGUGGAGCGGUUUAUAUCUAUGAAUCGAGGUAUUAACGAGGGCGGGGACCUCCCCGAGGAACUGCUGCGGAAUUUAUACGAAAGCAUUAAAAAUGAGCCCUUUAAAAUCCCAGAAGAUGAUGGGAAUGAUUUAACUCAUACGUUUUUUAACCCAGACCGAGAAGGUUGGCUGCUGAAAUUAGGCGGAAGAGUGAAAACAUGGAAAAGGAGAUGGUUUAUACUGACAGAUAAUUGCCUAUAUUAUUUUGAAUACACAACAGACAAAGAACCCAGAGGAAUUAUCCCUUUGGAAAAUCUCAGCAUAAGAGAAGUUGAGGAUCCGAGAAAACCGAAUUGCUUUGAGUUGUAUAAUCCCAGCCAUAAAGGACAAGUCAUUAAAGCCUGUAAGACGGAAGCAGAUGGCAGAGUGGUAGAAGGCAACCAUGUGGUUUACAGGAUAUCUGCCCCCACCCCUGAAGAAAAAGAAGAAUGGAUCAAGUCAAUCAAGGCAAGUAUCAGCAAGGAUCCCUUUUAUGAUAUGCUGGCAACGAGAAAAAGAAGAAUUGCUAAUAAAAAAUAGCACUAACAGGGGACUGUUGUGGAUCUGCCUUAGCCAAAUUGCUAGUACAUUAUAAAGCCAAGUUAAAGUUCCGAGAAAACAAGACUUGUAUUGGAAAUGUAGUCACUUUCCUGCAGCAUCUACCUUCUCUUUGCCCAUUUAUAAUAUUCCAUGAGAUGCUGGAAGAAGUUUCAAGCACAUGGAUCUAUGUGAACUGAAAAUUUGGAAACCUUAUGUGCCGUUUUGUGUGUGGCAAUGUGUGUCAUUGAACCAGGAGGUGAUGGUAUGUAAUCUGUCCCUCUCCUGUUUUGGGGAGCCCGUGUUCUGGAUUGUGACCCGCUGCUGAAUCUAGCAUUCACAGCUAGCAGAUUACUCUUCUUUCUGGGUAUGCAGAAGUAUUUUUCUCUUCCUUGUUCAAGCCUUCCCUUCCCUUCGCAAUGCAGAGGAGUUUGAGUCCUGAUUCAGCUCACAUCCGGUCUCUGGUGCUUUCAUUUAGAAUCCCCAUCCUCCAGCUUAUGGAUAGAUAGGAAGGUUGCACUGAAAAAGAAACAACCGCCACAAGCCUGGCAGCUAUAUGAUUAAGAGGCCUCCCUCUCAUAAACAGAUGGUCGUGCACUGAAAACAUGAAGUUCUCGAAGAUGAAAAGGUUACAAACAUGCGUUUUGGCAGUAUCCGUGUAGCUUAUCUUUGGUUUUUGGAUGCUUUGGAGAUGUGUGGCAUUGCCUCUCCAAGUGUUAGCCCGAAAAGCCUUUCCCAGGUCUCCUUUCCGUCUGGUAACAUUCAGCAUCAUCUUAUAUUUGUGUAAGGAUGUACUAAUAAUGGUUUGCAGGGCUCCAGAGUUAUUCAAAAACACCAGCUUUAAUUGUUCUUUAUUUAUUGCCACACAGGAAAAUUGAGCAAGAUUUUUUUUUUUUUAAAUGGGAGCAAGCCAAAAAAGAGGGAGUAUAUGUGUGUAUGUGUAAAAUAUUAGUUAUCCACUGUUAGUAGAGUGCGCAGAAUUGCCUGAAUCCUUGCUGGGCUUUGCAUCUUUCUUAAUGAAGAUGUGUGCAUAUAGCUGAUCAUUCGAGUUUUCAUAAGCCAUAGUUUAUGAAGCUGGCUCCAAGCCCUCCCCACUUUUCACAUUCUCCUGUUGUGUGCCAGCUUCCUGUGAAGAUUCUGGUUUCUGUUAAACCAGAGUCCCCUGUUGCAUCUGAACAUGCAAACUCUGGCUUAACGUUGGUUAACAAACCAGGGCAAUAAGCCAGGAUCAACACCUCUGGUGGGUGUGCAGGAGAACAGGGGAUGGUGGGUCCUGCUAGCCUGGGGCAUGUUCAAGAUUUGUGCUAAAGCACAGGUAAAUGUGACAUGCCAAAAUGACCACUCUGUAUGGUUUGAGGAUAAGAAGACUCAGAUUUGAUUCCAUUGUACUUCCAAGUACAACCAAUAAAUAAUAGGAAUAGGAAAUUUGUCUGCAGUGAUACCUUGGAGCUUUGAAAUCACCUGUCAGUCAGGGAUUGCAUUUUUGUUUUAGUAAGCAUAAAGCAAAAGCCUUAAGAUACUGUUUGUAUAUUGUAUGAUACUGUUGGUUUAUUGUAUGUAUGUAAUUAAUAUCUGCAAUAUUCAUAGGAGGAAAGCAUUGGCCUGUGCAAGCAGCCACUGCUGUCCUCUCAGGUGGCAACAUCUCUUAUGGUUAGAGCUGUAGAUAUUAUGGGAGGUGUAAAAACUUGAUGGGGAAGGAUUGUUACAGGAUCAGCACUGCAGCCUCAUAGGAGAAUCUGAAUAUAAGUAGCACAGUGGCUCUAGAAGAUAAUGGAGGCAGCCUUCUAUAGGGUGAAUUAAGACAUUUUUAUUUAGAUGUUUCUGUUUGCUGAACUCUGAAAUUAGAUGUAGAUUUGCAGAAUCAUGACCAGCAGCCAUGUUAGCUGGGAUUGAUGGGAGGUUGGAGUUCAAUACCACCUGGAGGAUCCAUAGCUUUGCAGCAUUUCACCCUAAGAUUGUAGGCAAUUAUUAUUUUUAAAAUAUUUUACAGAACUCUGAUCCAUAGUCUGGUCUGGCUUUACGCUUCCCUGGUUUCAAAUUGUCACAUGUAAUCCCUCAGUGAAUGUGUUGAAAUUACUGACAUUUCUAACCCAUCUAAUUAGCAACCCUGUUUGCAAAUACUGUGUAAAUGGAGUAAUUGCAGUGUUCCAUGAGCUUCUUGUCCAAGUGGAAAAUAACACACUUCUUAAGGGUAGAGAAUGUUUGCAUGGCUGCAGAUGUAACUGAAUGAUUAGGGAUUGAAAUUGGGCCAAACCUUUUUGCUUGCCCAUGAGGCCAGUGAAAGAAAAUACCUCAUUUGCAGGUACAGCUUUCCAUAUAGGUGUAAUUUUCCAGUAUUUUUCAAAUACUGGAAUCACUUUCAAAAUGAAGUUUUAUUUUUAUCUAUUAAUUCCCUCAAAUUUGUUAGUAGAAUGCCUGGGGGCAGGGCAAGUUAUGAAAAUGUCUAAUUUUAAUAUAGUUAUAGUCAUUGGUACCCUACCUUGCCAAAAAACAUUUGCUGAAUGGCGAUUUAACCAACAAUGGAAAAAAAUUCUUUUCUGCCUGCAUUUUGGACAGAUUACUGGAAGGCUUUUGUAUCUUUGGGAAAUUCUUUGGGGAGAUUGCGCAAAUAUUUUUUUAUCCUUUACCGAGAGAUUGUAAAUACUAAUUUUGUUCCAAAUCUCUUUAGGCAGAUUUGUUCCAAAGACCUUUUCCCAUUCCUGAACAUAUCCGAGCCUUUACUUCUGCUAUUAUCCAGCAUACUUUGGAUAAGUCUUUUGAGUUCUUCCAAGGCUAAUCUUUCAGAUUGUGUAACUUGCCUCAAUUCUGUUCCUCAAACUGCUUGAGUUUCUUUACCAGAUAUUUAAAGGAUGCCUUAUUUCAAAGGUUUUCAACCUUUUUAGUCCACGGCUCCCUUGACCAACUACAGUUUUUGUGCGACAUCCGUGGGGCUCAGGAGGCCAGUUAUGUCACCCCUUACCUGCAGAGCUGGCGGCCUCUCACCCUUUUUCGAACACCCUCCCUUGUGGAGUGUUCCCUCAGCCUCUUCUCCUGUCUCCUCUACUUGGGAGUCCUCUGGGCAGCCGCUGCUACCAUUGCUGGUCUCUGAGCUCCCCUCAUCCCGGCCCAAAGAGAGGUGCCUCUCAGAGGCACUGUUCACCUGGGGCACUUAUAGCCAGGGAUGCGGCAACAAAUAGCUGUGCAAGCCUUUGGGAGGCAGAGACGUGAGAGGGCAUCAGAGGAGGGAGGGAAGGAAAGGACAGGCCAGUGUUGCCCGUGGCACCCCUGACCAUCAUUCAAGGUACCCCAGGAUGCCCCGGCACACUAGAGAGAGAGAGAGAGAGAGAACUAAUUCAUAGGUCUAAGUAUGCAGAUACCAAAAGAUAUCUGAGGGUAGAGAUUAUUUAUCCCAGGCAUCCUGCUGUUUUUGCAGUACUGUAAUGGUGCAGCUACUUCCAUCAUGUGAUUUCUUAUCCAGAGUAGUUUAAUGGCCUCCUAGCAAGUUUUGUUCUAGCAAACUAAGAAAAUUUUGAUUGCUCUGUACCAUCUGUAACAAACAACCUAGUAAUAUUCACAAAGAUCUGCUUGUGAAGAUCCCUUUUCUUCUUCUUCUUUGUUAAACAUAGGUGUAAGUUAAUUCUAGGGUUUUUCCUUCCCAGAUAAUGAAUACCUUUCAGUUGUUUGCCAUCUCUUUAUAAUCCUGAAAAAAUAUUUGUAGGAGGGCCAGUGUGGUUUGCCAUCCUAUUGCUUGGGUGAACCUUCUUUUGCUUCUCUUGUCUUUUCUCUAUAUCACCUUCUCGAGGGAAUUCUUUGUUCUUAGCAGACUGGAUGUAGGGUUCCUCUGACCAGACCUAUCAGGUGCUCCUUCCUUUUCUGAGGAAAUACUCUUGCCUCCAGAUCCUAGUUUUUACUGGGCAGAUCUAGUGCAGACUGAUGCUAGAAGGGCCUGAUCAAUUUGCCCAGUAUUUCAUUUAGGUCCAAUUUCCCUAGAUCACCCCAGAAGUUCUGCAAACAUCACUGUAAAAUUUUUGACCUUUUAAAAAUCAUGCGCUCCGAUCCCUGUUGGCUUUCCACAGCCCUGCUUUUUCUAGCAUGUGCAUUUAGGGGAUUGAAUUUAAAUGGGUUGGCAAUGCCGGUGAUUCUUCCCUGGUUUGUUUUUGUCUGAUUAAGAGUCCUCUGUCAGCAAAGAACGUGUAAACCGAGUAACCAUGAUGCUCUAUUAAGCAUCCUGCUAAAGUGCAGUGCAGCAUCCUUUCUCCAGCUACAGAAUGGUUGCAGAUGUGUGUACGGAGCAGUAUUAGUAGGGAUUGAAUUUGAGCCAAAACCUCCAGAGGCCAGUAAAGAAACAAGCUAAUUUGCAGGAGUGGCUUGUGAAAGCUUUUGGCUUUGGUUGAGGUACUACCUUUUUGAAAAUACAAAAUAAACCUCUUCUUCAACCAAACUCUUGGGUCUUAGGGAAUUGUAGCUUUUGAAAGCAGCGAGAAUCGCAGAGGCUGAAAGCAGUGGAGGCAAAUGGCAUUGGGUACUUCUGUGGGUGUUAUUCAGGAAGUUGUCUCCACUUCUGCCCUGUUCACAUUCCCUGACCUUGUUCCAUGAAGUAAUAAGAUUCCCCCCACCAUUCUCUUAUUGUGUUAUCUGAACUGGGACUCAUGGUUAUGCACUCUUCUCCUUAAUCAUGAGCUGUAGCAUCCCCCCCCCCCUUAUUGUUUGUAGUUAAGGAGCUUAGCCAUGAGGCAGGUUCAGAAGACAUGCUAAGCCACAGGGACCAGGGUGGCACAAAGCGAAUGCAGGCUUCCUUCCCCUCAGGAGUCAGCAUGUUUGCCUGGUCCCCCCUAAGCCAUAGUCAUGCAAACCAGACCCACGAGAACAGAGUUAAGCUUAAUGCCGUUCCCUUUUGCCCAGUGCUACUUUUCAAGCCUUGAGGACUCUGGUUUUUGAAGGGGUAAGUUUUAAAAAGCACUUUAAGUUCAGCUGGCCUGACAGGUGCUGAACCUAACCUGAGGGAGGUUGGCGGUGGGUGGGUGGGUGGGAUGGAAGAGAGAAUUUUGCUUUGCUCUGUCACUUAAGGUUUUGGAUGUGUUGAAGUGUGCAGUACUUUAUAAAGUGAGCAGCAUUUACAGUGCUUCGUAUUAAAAAUGCCUAUUUUUAAAAAAAUAUAGUACAUAUCUUUCUAGAUAUGCUUGCUGGAAGAAAGGUCUCUUGGAUCCAGUGCAGAUGUAAUACUCUCUUACUGACCAUUGCUUUCAAAAUCAAGAUGCAUCCGCAGAAGCAAUAAGCACUCUCUCCCCCUGCCCACAAUUUCCUCUUUGAGAGUGGAAAUCUUAGCAUUCCAUGAACACUGAUGCUGCUCUGGUUGAGGGGGAGAAAGUGCGCUGGCUGUUGGCAUGCAAGGAACCAGUGUUACAUCUGCACAGGCCAUUAGAGACCACAUGCUGCAAACUAACCUGUAGCUCACCACCUUUUCUUUCUAUAUUUUCUUGAAGAAUGUUUCUUAUUGACAGUUAAAUGUAUAUACUGUACAUCUGUGUAUUAUUGAUUUUGAAGGUUUGUUACUCUCGUAUGCCAAUGAAUUUGCAUGGACUAUUCUGUAUCUAUAAACUGUUAUACAAAUAUCUAUGGUAAUCUUGUAUGACUGUUUUAAAUCCACUGCAAGUAUUUAGUUAACAAAAUACAUUGCAGAGGGAACUUCAUGCUCAAAAAUAAAAGUUUGAGUUCCAA